AGUGUGGCUGUGGCAGUGGUUGGAGGGAGACGUGUAGUGUCGUUGCUCCCGCUCCAGGACUCCCGCACCCUCGGUUGCAAUGGUGGUGGUGAGUGUGACUGAGACAGGGGGUGGAGGAGUGGUUGCCCCUGCCCCCAGCCUGACACACUACCCUGCCCAGUACACCCCACAGUACACAGCACCCGGCAAAUACCCCCCGGCCAAAGGGGACUAUCCUCCCGGGUACGACAGUGACUCCAGCAGUGACCACAGCAGCAGCGGGCGAGGCAGUGGUGGUAGUGACCUGGGCAGUGAGGUGGACAGGGAAGGUUCCCGGUUGGAGGACAGCGGGCGGUACAGUGCUGACGGGUGCGAGGGCGACCUCCAGCCUCCCUCCUCCAGGAACGACCCGGCCACCUCCCGCCAGCACCGUCGCCACCAGCAGGAGAAGCACUCCCCUACACACUCCACCACCAACACCCACAAACCCACACAGUCCAAGCCAGCCACAGACGAAGGCAAAAACCAUGGGCAAAAGGAACAAAUUAAGGGACAUAGGCCAAGUCCCAGAAGCGUACCCAUCACUCAUCCCCCAGUGGACGCCCCUCUCUGCGUCCAGUGCGCCCGUCGGGACCUCUCCUUCUUCGACCCCGGCUGUAGUGGGUGUGCUGUCCUCCUGCGGCGCCCCUCCACCACCCCCUCCCACCUUUUUGCCAUCAUGAGGCAGUGGGUGCCGCAGGUCCAGCACAACAUUCAUCAGCUCAUUGGUCAGGUGUUGAGUAUGGGGUGCCACGUGGAUGACAGAGACGCCUUGACGGACAUGACACUCCUUCACUACGCUGUCAAGGCUGGCAGUACAGGUGUGGGUGACCCAGCUACUGCCCUGCAGGUGGUGAAGCAGCUGAUUGUGAACGGCGCGGACGUCCACCAAAGAUGCCGCUGGACCCACAUGACGGCGCUGCACUAUGCCGCUUACUUCGAUGUCGCCCCAGUCCUCGACGUCCUCCUGCAGGACCCACAGGGUGUGUGUAUCAACGACGCCUGCUUGGAGUACUCCGGCGGCGCCCCUUUGCACAUCGCGGCGGCCAACCUGAGCCUGGAGGCGGUGAGGGUCCUGCUGCAGCAUGGCGCCGCCCUCUCACUCACUGACACACAGGGACGAACACCCUUCCAGUGCAUCCCGACGCCAGACCAAUACGAGCUGGUCCCCGACGUGCAGGACGUUAUAGCCAAGCUGCGCGCCCUCCUCUCCCCCGGCGCCUCCCACCUGUACACUGCCGCCCACGCCGCCCACACCAGCCAGGGGGCGUCGGGCAGGGCGGUACUUAAGGCCAUGGGACUGAAGCUGGGUGACCGGGUCCUCAUCAGCGGUGUCAAGACAGGAACACUGAGGUUCGUAGGCACGACGGAGUUCGCGACUGGCUUGUGGGCGGGAGUGGAGCUGGAGACGCCCUCGGGUCGCCACAACGGCACAGUCAAGGGCGUUAUGUACUUCAGAUGUGCCAAGAGCUAUGGAAUCUUCGUGCCUAUGAAUCGUCUGACGAAGAUUCCCAACGUGAGCUGUGGUCGCCAGGGUCGUUCGACGUCUGUGUCGCAGCGGCAGAGGUCCAGGACGACGUCGCGACGCUCAGUUUCCCUUCCCCCAGGGCGGGUCAACCACGGCCGCGUCGACGUGUCCAGAGUGUCGUCCAGGGUGGCUCAGGAUAUCCGGGACACGAGCCGCAAGAUGGCGCUGGGCGACCGGGUGUACGUGGACAUGGGCGUGGGCACCGGGUCGACGCGGGUGGUGACGGGCGUGGUGAAGUACACGGGCGGCGUGCACUUCGCCUCGGGCUUCUGGGUGGGCGUGGAGCUGGACGUGGCCCGCGGCACCAACGACGGCUCCGUCAACGCCACCAGAUACUUCGCCUGCAGGAGCCACCACGGCAUCUUCGCCUCACCUUCGAGGAUUAUCAAAAUCAGUAUGGACCACGACGGAGACGGGACUCAGGAUCUUCCUGGUGACUCGUCAUCGCUGAGCUUCAGCCGCCACUCCCUCAGCUCAGCACACGGCUCCAACAGCACCAUUAAUGCCAUCUCCAGUGGUCCUCUUAGCUUGGGUUGCAUGGCUCCUAUGAGUCACAGUUCUCAUGGCCCCAUGAGUCUCAGUUCUCAUGGCCCCAUGAGUCUCAGUUCUCAUGGCCCCGUGAGUCUAGGCUCUAGUGGUAGCAUGGUUGGUGUGGGAUCCAGCUCUGGAACAAACGGAGUAUCAAAUGGUGCCACAAUAACGAACAUGAAAGACUGUACAUCAUACUCAUCGUCUCGUCAUCUGCUCGAUAAUCAGGUGCCAGGGUCGCCGAAGAAGGCGCAGGCGGUGAAGACGGCCCUCUACCCAUCCAACACAACCAUGACUAGCCUCAAUAGAUCUUUCUCAGUCCGUUACGUGACGUCAAGACAACGCCAGGAGGAGCUGGAGCGAGCAGCGGAGGAGCGCAAGAAGGAGCAGACCUGGUGCGACCCCCCAAUACUCGCCGCCACGCCCAAGAUACAGCGCAAGAAGCGUGAGAACCAGCACUGGCUCGAAGUCGGUCACAACGUCUUCUACAAGAACGAAGUUGGAGUGAUCAAGUACAUUGGUCAGGUGGACUUCGAGGCUGGCACGUGGUUGGGCGUGGAGCUUCGAGCGGCCAAAGGUCGCCACGACGGUAUGGUGCGUGGGCGGCGUUAUUUCACCUGCCGCCCACACCACGGUAUCAUGGUCAAACCCAACAAGGUCUACGCCAGAGGUAUCAAUGGCGCAAAACUUGUCAGGCCUGAAGAUGAGUGGGAAGAGUAGUGUGCCACUGUGAGCGGGCCAGGAUUCACAAAGCACUUCAAGUAUUCUCUUAUCUCGAUCAUGAUCCCCUUUUUCAGUAUUUACCAAACAGGUUACGAGCUCCAAAACGCUUUCAGGUGGUCCUUGACAAUAAGGAUUUAGGGGUUGCGGACGACCUCAUAGCGCUUCAGAGCUCGUGAGAAGUUUGGUAAAUACCAUCGAAAUCGCCAUGAUUAAUAUAAUAGUUAUAGUUCGAGUAAGUGGACAUAAAAGAGCUCUGAAUGCUGAGAGGUGGGGAGUGGUACAAGUGGGUCAGCAGUGGUAUAGGUGAACCCUGGCAAGGCAAGGCAAGGGCUCCAUUUAGGCCAGAAUGCUACUAUGUUUAUUUGUACUGUACACAGCUCCAAGAAGGCCUAAGCUGUGUUGUGCAGUUGUUACUGAACUUAGACUGGAAGAGUUGUUGUUGUUUUAAAUUCAGCUACUGGGAACAAAAUUUCUAUGUAGCACGGGCUAUAGUGAGCCCGUAAACUCACUGGAAGAGGAACGUGAGAAUUUAUAUAGAUUUCUCAAGUGAGGGUGAAGAGUCUGCAAGAAAAGCUUCAAAUAUAGAGAACUUUGCAAUGUGUUGUAUUACAUACCCUGCACAUUGCAAUCGUAUGUGUGCAAGACACAAAUAUUUAAUACAAUAAGCACCAGUGUGUUGCACAUGGAUAUCUAUUAUGCAAAUUGCUAUAUUUAAUGACUUAUUAUAAACAUUAUUGAUGCGACCAUUUACAUGUCUCAGCAACACCCUACAACAGCUAGUUAGUGUUGGCGUACGUGGAGUUUGUGUCUGGAUAUUGUACAGUGGUGUUAUGAAAGCCUACCUGACAUGGAUAAUGUUCGUAAUUGUCGAACAUUAUGUCGACAAUUACGACAUAAUGUCGUGAAUAUUUAACCCAUAUCAGAUCACUGUUCUUGAACAUAUGUAUAAAUAUGAGAGUUUUAUUGUUGAUAGAUAUAUAAUAUAUAGUAUAUAUAAGUUUACCACUAAAAUUAGAAUUAUGUUGACUGAAAUACCUUGCACUUUCUAGAUUAAACACUAGGUAUUAUGCUUUAAAUAGUAUAAAGGGGAGGGGGUACCAAAGGGGAUUACAGGGUGUAGGAAUCUACUUUCGUACCACUGAUCGAUCUGGAUAGCUUAGGGAAGGGUAAUUUAUCAAAGGGGAUUCCAGAGGGUACGAAUUCACUUUCGUGAGACCUUGAUAGUCCUGGACGGCUUUGAUGUCAUUUCAUCUGCUCAUAUUCAUCAAGUUAAAUGUUUUUCUAGUGUCUAGUUUAUAUGGGGGAAAUUCCCAUAGUGUUGUAGAAAUUCUAUAAUACUGCAUAUUGUAAAUAUAGAUUUUAGUUAAUAUAAUAAUAUGUAAUUUGAAGAUUUUAUAUAUUGUUGUCAGACGGCCUUCUCUGCCAGACCAGAGAGUGUGUUUCACGUGUGGCUGAUAAUACUCACAUAUUGUCAAGUACUUCAAUUAAAGUAUCGUGAUGUAAUAUA